GAACCUUGCAGAAGUUGGAAAAGACCGGCCCAUCUCUUUUGCCAAGGCACUUCUGGAGCUCAGGAGGUUUUGAUUUCUACUCUACAGAAGGAGGACAUUUGGCAGAUGGAAGCUUGACUGGAGAGGGUUUCCACCUAUCCAUCCAUGAUGGGUGAGACCUCCCAGUGGUGUGGUUGGUUGGAGUCAUCUGCAGCCUUGGAAGUGACCCUCACUCACUCUCUGUAAGCCAGCACUGCAGAUGUGCUGGAGCCCGAGUCAGGCGUGACUGUUGCUGAGAUCCUCUAACAAGAUCACCAUGGCAACCGGACAGAAGUUGAUGAGGGCUGUUCGAGUGUUUGAAUUUGGUGGACCAGAAGUGCUGAAACUCCAGUCCAACGUGGCAGUUCCUGUUCCAAAAGGCCGUCAGGUUCUAAUCAAAGUCCAUGCCUGUGGCAUCAACCCAGUAGAGACAUAUAUUCGCUCUGGCACCUACAGUCGGAAACCUGCCUUACCUUUCAUUCCAGGCACCGAUGUGGCUGGGAUCAUAGAAUCUGUUGGAGAGAGUGUGUCAGCUUUCAAGAAAGGUGACCGGGUCUUCUGCACCAGCACAGUGUCUGGCGGUUAUGCAGAGUUUGCUCUUGCAGCGGAUCACACCGUCUACACCCUGCCCGAGACACUGGACUUCAGGCAGGGGGCUGCACUUGGGAUCCCGUACUUCACAGCCUGCCGUGCGCUGUUCCACAGUGCCCGUGCGCAAGCUGGGGAAAGCGUCUUGGUUCAUGGGGCCAGUGGAGGAGUUGGAAUAGCUGCGUGCCAGAUUGCCAGAGCUCAUGGCUUAAAAGUUUUGGGCACAGCUGGUUCUGAGGAAGGAAAAAAGCUUGUUCUGCAAAAUGGAGCUCAUGAAGUGUUUGAUCACAAAGAAGUUAAUUAUAUUGAUAAAAUCAAGAAGUCUGUUGGUGACGAUGGGGUUAAUGUGAUUAUUGAGAUGCUGUCGAAUGUCAACCUGAGUAAUGACUUGAAGCUUCUGUCCCGGGGAGGACGAGUAAUUGUCGUUGGCUCUAGAGGUCCUAUUGAAAUAAACCCAAGGGACACCAUGGCAAAGGAGACGAGUAUAAUUGGAGUUUCUCUCUUUUCAUCCACCAAGGAGGAAUUUCAGCAAUUCGCAGGCAUCCUCCAAGCAGGAAUGAAAGAAGGUUGGGUGAAGCCAGUGAUAGGUUCUGAGUACCCAUUGGAGAAGGUGGUCCAAGCCCAUGAAGACAUCAUCCACAGCAGUGGGAAGACCGGGAAAAUGAUUCUUCUCCCAUGAUGACCAACUCUUUCGGGACGCCCUGUGUCACUGUGACAUCUUCCUCCCCAAGUCUUUCUUCUAUCUGUCAUCUUUAAUCAGCAUUCAUUUCACUGGGUUUCAUGUAUUAAAAACAUGACUUUCGGGGGUUACACAGCGGAGUAACACCAUAGCAGAGAACAUGCAGCCUUAUGUGGGGUUGGCAUGCAUCUCAAAACUGGUUUUGCUUCUUUCUCUUGGUUUUCUUGGUUUGGUUUAGUGUUUCUGUUUGUUUUGUUUUUGAGACAGGAUCUUGCUCUGUAGUUCAUGCUGGCCUUGAACUCAUGGUGAUCGUUCUGUCUCAGCCUUCUAAGUGCCAGGGUAACAGUCAUGGACUGCCACACACAGCUUCAUUUCAGAACUUCUUAAUUGAUUGACUUCAGGCCUUUGACUCUUGGCCUCCAGGGGCUUCCAAGCCUGCCUACCUUUAUUUAAGGUGCCCAGUCCUCUGGAUGGCAUGGCUGUCUUGGACUCUGAAGACUUUCGGGGCUGAAAAACAUCCUUUUAAAACCAGUAUCAAUCAUCUCAGUCUGUGAGCCUCUGGGAAGGGCAAAAUGAGCAACACCUGAGAAAGCUGUCAGCCAGUUUUCCUAACACAUCUGAAAAUGCUAGAAUACUCACAUGCUGGUCACCAACCAUGUUCCAGGUCAGCAACCUUAUCCUGGGUCUGUGGUAUUCAGUACAGUCACCCAUUCAAUGCUUCAUGGUUACUUAGAGUUUCCUGUAUGUGUGACACGAGCCCCAUAGUUUUGCUUACAAUUGUAAGUUCACAAAUUUAACACAGUAAGAAAGGUCUGCUCUGGUUUUCGUAGCACCGUAACUUGGGGUCAAUUUUGUAGAAUACUGAAGCCUAUGCCUGUCUCAUUUGUGUGGCACAAGCCUCAUUUCUGCAUGGCGCCUGACCUUGGGACUGCUUAGUAGGCCUCUUUUGUGCUGGAAUUCAUUUAGACUAAAUAAAUGGACAGCCUUUUAGAAAUCUCACCCCAGUAUUAUGUCCAAGGAGAUAAGAUUCCAUAACUGACUUUUGGUUUUGUUUCUCUCCACAUGAACAUAUCAUCUGUUUCUUUUCGAAUUACAUGGGUAACUGUCUUGUUUCCUUUGUUCUGUUGAACACAGUUUGCUAAGGAGUGAGCAGAAAUCACUGUUCAUGCAGCUGGGGGAUGUGGCCACUGAUGUCUUGAUGUUUGUGCUGUGACCAAAGUGUUUUAGCCAUUAGCAUGGUCUAAGUUCAGCCACUGUUACUGGUUAACUAUCCUAUAAAAUAACAUUUUAACAAAGUUUCAGAAA